UUGUUAAAGCCAAGGUCAAAUCCCACCCAGCGCUAUCUUACUCUUCAUAGGAACUCUCCCGUAAGAGUGGGCUGGAAUCCUGGAUUCUCUGCUGCACUCCGGCUCCCCAGAGACGCGCAGAGCACUGUACGCCAAACCCGUUAUUGCUACGAUGAUGCAAGGCUGUUGGCAAGAAGCACACAGUCCCCGCUCGUUAGCUGCGAGAUCGUGGGCGUGUUUGUGGUGAUCGUCUGCGGGACGAGAUUUGCCGGUAAGAUCAACACGACCAAUUCCUUCCCGCACCCACCUGAGGCCAGCCACCUCCUGGGUGGACAGGUUGCCGACGAGGAAAACGGAGGCAAGACCUCGCAGCAGAACGCCGACGGCAAACCUCACGCUCAGUACCGCAAAAAGUGUUUGCGCGAGGAUGAGGACGACCUGGUGGGUAGCGCGCCACCUCAGAGGAACUGGAAGGGAAUAGCGAUCGCUCUGCUGGUCAUCCUGAUAAUCUGUUCUCUGAUUGUGACCUCUGUUAUCCUGCUGACCCCUCGUGAAGAUGACAGCCUCGCCCUGAAGAAGAAAGUGACUGUUGAGGAUAUCUUCGGUCCGGACCUGCACGUCCAUGAUCCAGAUGCAAAAUGGCUCAGCGACAAUGAACUGCUGUUUCGAUCAAGGGACGGCGAUGUUGUUAGGCUUAAUGUGGACACAUUGGAGCAGAAGGUCGUCGUAUCGAACCAGCUGUUUGACAGAUCCAGAGCUGCCAAAUAUCAAGUGUCCCCAGACAUGCAGCAUGUGCUGUUUGCUUUCGAUGUAAAACUGAUCUACCAACACUCCUAUGUUGCCAAGUACAUUAUUUACAGUCUUGUGACCCAGGAAACUUGGCCUUUGAAUCCUCCUGAGGUGCAUGACGCUGUCUUGCAGUUUGCUGGAUGGGGACCCCAAGGCCAGCAGCUGAUCUUCAUAUUUGAAAACAACAUCUACUACAGAGCAACAGUGGAGAGUCGCUCCAUCCGCUUGGUUUCCAACGGGAAAGACGGUAUAAUCUUCAAUGGCCUUGCUGACUGGCUAUAUGAGGAGGAGAUCCUCCAGACCCACAUAGCCCACUGGUGGUCUCCGGAUGGGCUACGUUUGGCAUACAUGACCAUCAACGACACGCUGGUGCCAAAAAUGGAGGUCAUCUUUCUCACAGGGACCUCGUAUCCCACCAGCAUGGACUAUCACUACCCCAAGGCUGGAGAAGAAAACCCCACGGUGCACUUGUCAGUGGUGAGUCUCCACGGUCCUCUGCACACCGUGGUGAUGAGGAAACCUGACGACCCCCGGAUCGGGAGGGAAUAUUACAUCACCAUGGUCAAAUGGGCCACCAACACUAAACUGGCCGUCAACUGGCUGAACAGAGCACAGAACAACUCCAUCCUGACUCUGUGUGAAGCCACCACUGGAGUCUGCAUUAAGAAACAUGAAGAUGAGAGUGAGAGCUGGUUGCAUCGACAGAAUGAACCACCACUCUUUUCCAAAGACGGACACAAGUUCUUUUUCACCAGAGCAAUCCCUCAGGGUGGGAGAGGAAAGUUUUUCCACAUCUCUAUGUCCACUUCGAUGCCUAACACAAGUACAGACAUCCUUCAGUCCCUGACCACUGGAGACUGGGAUGUUACCAGCAUCUUGGCCUACAAUCACGAAAGAAACCUAAUAUACUUUCUGAGCACAGAGGACAACCCAAAACGACGGCACUUAUACAGUGCGGACACAAUCACCCCAUUCAACCGCUGUUGCCUGUCCUGCGAGCUGAAGUGCGGCUAUGUGGAGGUUUCAUUCAGCCACGACAUGCAGUACUUCCUACUCAACUGCAAAGGUCCAGAUAUACCCAGUGUAGCUGUGUACAGCACUGAGGACAAACAGAAGAUUUUUGACGUGGAGCGGAACGAGAGAGUGAACGACACAUACAACAACAUGCAGAUGCCAAUAUUAGAGAACAAGAUCAUCACCAUAGACGAUUACACGCUGACGAUGCAGAUUCUAAAGCCCGCCGGGUUUGUGGAAACAUCCCACUAUCCGCUGCUCCUGCUAGUAGAUGGCACACCUGGCGGGCAGAUGGUGACGGAACAGUUCCAGGUGGACUGGGCCACUGUCCUGGUCAGCAGCUUCAGCACCAUCGUCAUCCGCUUCGACGGCCACGGCAGCGGUUUCCGGGGCACCAACCUCCUCCACAAGGUCCGCAGGAGACUGGGCAAGCUGGAGGAGAGGGAUCAGCUAGAGGCACUGAGAUUCAUAUCCAAAGAGCCUUACAUUGAUAAGAGUCGAAUGGGGGUUUAUGGAAAGGCCUACGGGGGAUAUCUGGCAACGCUGCUUCUGAGCUCUGAGGAGUUCACGCAGCUGAAAUGUGGAGCAGCCGUGUCGCCCAUCACAGACUUUGAGCUCUACGCAUCAGCAUUUUCUGAGCGAUACCUUGGCCCAAGGACGGAUUCCCGAGUAUACACAAUGGCGAAUUUAGCUCACAGAGCGGGUCAGCUGGUGGAGAAACAGUACUUAAUAAUUCACCCAACUGCAGAUGAAAAGGUUCACUUCCAGCACACAGCCAAAUUUAUCAACCAUUUAAUCAGCGAGAAGGCCAAUUACACCCUACAGAUCUAUCCGGAUGAGGGACACUUCCUGCACAGUGAGGGGACGCAGCAGCACCUGAGCCAAUCGCUGGUCAACUUUUUUGAGGAGUGUUUCCGGGAGCCAGAGAUGCUGACGGAUGACCAGCAGGAAGAUAACGAGGAGGACAGUUAA